CACACAGGGGUCUGCGGCGCCAGAGUCGUACUAUACAGCGACGGUGGCCAUCCACAGGUGCUCACUGCUCUCCGAGCUGCCGAGGCAGGCACACGCAUCCAACACUAAAAUCCAGCGCUCCGAGAAUUGAAGAUGGGCGGAUUCACGCAAAGACCCUGGACGCCGACCAAGCGGCGAGGACCCAUCGCGGCCGAGCACACCAGUCCUGGACCUGCCUGCGUGGCCCUCAGAACCACCAUUGGAAAUGUGGCUCACGACUCUAAAAAAGGACGAGCACCCGCCUUCAGUUUCGGUGGAAGACACAACAACAAAAACAACAGCCCAGGCCCCGGCCCAGGACAAUACAACGUGACCGGACUGAGUGCCAAAGCAGGCAAGGACACCCCGCCGGCAUCCACCCUGCACGGCCGCCCCAAAGACCCGAAACCAGACAACACCCCCGCCCCCGGAGACUACAGCCCUGAGAAGAGUGACAAGGCGCUGCACGACAAGGCCCCCCAAUACACUUUUGGCAUGAAGACGCAGACUGAAAAGCCAAGUUCCACGCCAGCACCUGGCACCUACAGUCCAGAAAAAAGUGUGGAUGCACUCAAAGACGCACCUAAAUUCUCGUUUGGAAUCAAAGCUAAGCCAAAAAAGCCAAGUGAAACUCCAGCUCCUGGUACGUACUGCCCUGAAAAGAGUGUUGAGGCUUUCAAAGAUGCGCCAAAAUACUCUUUCGGUCUCAAGCCCCAACUUGAAAAGCCAAAUGCCACCCCCGCGCCUGGCACUUACAGCCCCGAAAAAAAUGUUGACGCCUUCGAUUCCACUCCUAGCUACUCAUUUGGUCACAGACCAGCCCUUGACAAACCAAGCAACACACCAGCUCCUGGUUCCUACAGCCCUGAGAAAAAUCUGGACGCGCUAAAAGACACGCCAAAGUAUUCUUUUGGUCUCAAAACGCAACUCGAGAAGCCAAAUAACACACCUGCUCCUGGAACUUAUUCCCCUGAAAAGUGCAGUGAAAUUUCCGAUUCCGCGCCAAAGUACACCUUUGGAAUGAAACAUUUGAUGGAAAAGCCGAGCAACAAUCCAGCUCCCGGUUCAUACUCCCCCGAAAAACACGUGGAUUCGCUUACAGACACGCCAAGAUACACAUUUGGCCACAAGGCCCAUCUGGAAAAACCCAGCAAUACCCCUGCACCUGGUACUUAUAGCCCUGAAAAAAAUGUGGACGCUCUCACCGACACCCCAAGAUAUACUUUUGGACUGAAACCCAACCUUGAGAAGCCUAGCAAUACGCCUGCCCCUAACACUUACUCUCCUAAAAAGAAUGACGCGUUUGAUUCAGCACCCAAGUAUACCUUUGGACACAGACCUGAUCUGAACAAACCUAACAAUUACCCUGCUCCUGGCACUUAUUCCCCUGAAAAGAACGACGCGUUUGAUUCGGCACCAAAGUACACCUUUGGACAUAGACCCGAUUUGAACAAGCCUAACAACAUGCCCGCACCUGGCACUUAUUCCCCUGAAAAGAACGACGCGUUUGAUUCGGCACCAAAGUACACCUUUGGACAUAGACCUGAUUUGAACAAGCCUAACAAUAUGCCCGCACCUGGCACUUAUUCCCCUGAAAAGAACGACGCGUUUGAUUCGGCGCCGAAGUACACCUUUGGACAUAGACCCGAUUUGAACAAGCCUAAUAAUAUCCCUGCUCCUGGCACUUACUCUCCCGAAAAGAGUAUUGACGCGCUGACGGACACGCCAAAAUAUACAUUUGGUCUCAAACCCCACGAUGAAAAUAAAUUUUCCACUCCCGCCCCCGGAGCAUACAGUCCUGAAAAGAGCACCGAAGUUUAUGAUUCCACCCCUAAAUAUACUUUCGGUCUCAAAACUCAGGUCGGCAAACCCAGCAACAACCCUGCCCCUGGCGCCUACAGCCCCGAGAAAAAUAUCGAUGCCCUUAAGGACACGCCAAAGUACACGUUCGGCUUGAAACCCAAUCUUGACAAACCCAACAACAUCCCAGCUCCCGGAGCUUACAAUCCCGAGAAGAGCGCCGAGGCCAUGGAGUCAACUCCCAAGUACACAUUCGGUCUAAAAUCCAGGGCUGAAAAACCCAGCAACUACCCAGCACCUGGUGCCUACAGCCCUGAAAAGAGCAUUGACGCCCUGACAGACACGCCGAAGUACACCUUUGGUCUGAAAACCAAUUUGGAAAAACCCAGCACAACACCAGCACCUGGCUCUUACAACCCUGACAUGAGCGUUGACGCGUUCGAUUCAGCGCCCAAGUAUACUUUUGGUCUCAAGACGCAUCUCGAAAAACCCAACGAAACGCCAGCCCCCAACGUGUACAACAUGCCACCCGUGCUUGGGUCGGUGAAGGAAGGCCACAUGCGUCAGGCGCCUGCGUUCACCAUUUCCGGCCGAACCAAGGACCCUGUGGACGAAAGGGUCAAGGUCCCUGGGCCAGGCACGUACAACGAGGCCAGCAUUGAGCAGUACAAGGCCACCAAGUCGCCGUGCUACUCCAUCUCUUCCCGCCACCCCGCCAUCAGUGACUCGACGCAGAUUCCAGGACCCGGCGUUUAUUCGCCUGAAAAGGCAUACCAGAGCGUUGUAGAGUCAAAACCAUCCAUUUCAUUUGGUAUCCGUCACUCGCCCUACAUUGGCAACUUGAAAGGCAACGUGUACAAGGUGGACACCAGCUACACGCAGCAAAACGGCCAAGUGAACGGAACCUCCAGCAACUCUAGCAGCAACAACCAGUCGUCAAAUACGAAAAUCAGUAGCACACACGAGAAGACCGCCAAUGGCUACCGUGAAACCAUCACCACCACAACGACGACCCAGUAUUCAUCCAAAGGCUCCCACGAGUCCUCAACCGGAAUUUAAAAAGUUUUUUUGAAAAGUCGAAUAAUUUUGAUUUUUUUUUAUCUAACUCUGAAGUAUUUUAAUUACUUGAUUUAUAUAAUUAAAUUGAAGAUUGUCAAAAAGGCGAUUGGUUGAAGAUGAUUAAAAUGUGAUUGCAACGUUUCUUGACAAUAAAUAUAAAAAUUAUCUAUUUUGACUGCUUAGAUAUGAUAAAAAAAAUCAUGUGAAAUCCAACACGACUUGAUACUUUAUAGGAGUUGUUAAUAUUUUUGUGAAAAAAAAUCUGAUGUGAACAGCCUAAAUAAUAUACCAUAAAAAUAAUGCAUUUCAAGUAGGAGAGAAUCAAAAUCUUAGUAGUCUAGUUACGCAGGCUAAUUUUGUUUGCAAGUUUCAAAGCUAGGUAGUGAUAUUCUCACUAAUCUAAAUUAAUUACACAACUAAGCCCCACGUGAAUUG